CUAUCCCUCCCUGGCCCCCUCCAUCACCACACCCUGCGCUCAACUUAUGAUGCACUUCAUGGGUAGCCUACUUUUACCCUACAUUGCUACUGGGGCUCCACUGCAGGGUUUACUUGAGCACACAGUUUAUUUUGGACUAAACAUCUGCUGAACGGAGUCCUCAUGGUGAACGAGAUGGAAGAGCGCGGGGUCGAAGGAGAACUGCUUCUGAGGUGUGCUGGUGUCAAGGAACAAGACAACGGAGAGCUGGCAGACUCAGAGCUGUCCGUGAUUGAGAUGAAACAGAGGGACCGAGAAGAGCGAGAGUCUCUGGUGAUGUGGAAGAAUCCUCUGCUCACUCUUUAUUACUUCACCCUGGAGCUGCUCAUCACCCUUAAAGAGUGGAUACAGAGGCUCUGGCAGCAAAGACAGACUGUGUUUGGCCUGCUGAUCCUGCUUAUCCUCCUCUCCAUUGCCUACUGUAUUGAAGGAACACACCAGAAGUAUGUGCACUACAUGGAGAAAAAGACGCUGUGGUGCUCCUACUGGGUCGGCCUGGGCAUCCUCUCCUCGGUGGGUCUUGGCACUGGCCUGCACACCUUCCUCCUCUACCUGGGACCACACAUAGCAUCAGUGACCUUGGCGGCCUAUGAAUGUGGCUCUGUGGAUUUCCCCGAGCCGCCCUAUCCGGACCAAAUAGUCUGUCCCCAGCAGGAAGUGCAGGCUCCAGGCUCUGAUGCUGAGCGUGUGGGCGUGGAGGCAGCGGGGAUGGACGGGCUGGUGGGGCCAGCAGCCAUCCGAGAUAGCAUUUCUCUCUGGACCAUCAUCUCCAAAGUACAGCUGGAGGCGUGUAUGUGGGGUGCAGGUACAGCUAUAGGAGAGCUUCCUCCGUACUUCAUGGCUCGUGCGGCGCGUCUGUCCGGUGCCGACCCGGAUGACGAGGACUACCAGAAGUUUGAGGAGAUGCUGGAUGAGACCAAUGCUGCUCAGGACGUCGCCACACGAGCAAAAGUGGCCGUGCAGAAACUCAUCCAGAGGGUCGGCUUCUUUGGGAUUUUAGCCUGCGCCUCUAUUCCGAAUCCCUUAUUUGACCUGGCAGGAAUAACAUGCGGACACUUUUUGGUUCCCUUUUGGACUUUUUUUGGUGCGACACUCAUCGGAAAAGCCGUCAUCAAAAUGCACAUUCAGAAACUUUUUGUGAUCGUCACCUUCAGCAGGCACAUUGUGGAGCAGAUGGUCUCCCUCAUCGGAUCUGUUCCUCUUCUGGGUGCGGCACUGCAGAAGCCCUUCAGGGAGUACUUGGAGGCCCAGAAGGCCAAACUGCACCAUCACGGCGGAGAGGGGAUCCCGACUGAGGAGAGCUGGCUGCCGUGGCUCUUCGAGAAGGUUGUGGUCAUCAUGGUAUGCUUCUUUGUCUGCUCCAUUGUCAACUCCAUGGCGCAGAGCUACGCCAAGCGCAAGCAGCAGGAGAAAUUCUCUGUGGGGAAGAUGGAGUGAAGGCUGGCACGCGAUCGCAGCGAACUUCAGAGGCUCCCAUCACUUCACUCCCGCUGAUGCCUCAACACGAAGCUUCAUAUCUGCCUCCGUCUGCUUUCUCUUCUCGUUACUGUAGCAACAUGUUUACCUUGAACUUGGACUUCCAUUAUUCUUGCUCUUUUUGAGGGCUUUGUGUGCGGUAGUGAUUUUUUUGCGGUUGUUCUCUUUAAGGUAGGUGCUUGUCGGGGUGCGUGUGAUGUCCUCGUCGUUGCUUUUUAGAAACUGGUGAGCACGUGAGAUGAAGAUGCUGGCUGUUUUUACUCUCCUCAGUGAGGCCUUACGCUGCACUGUUUGAUCCUUAGACCAACUUCAAAGUCUUAUAUGACUGUAGAGAAUGUAGAUUUAAAUAAUCUAGUGUUGUGUCUUUGUUAAAUAAAGUAUUUAUGAUGUACCCUUGCUGGUUUAAUGAUAAGUUAUUCUGUAUUUUGAGCUGUACAUUAGAGUUGUUUGACAGUAUUGGCUAAGGCUGAGUCCGUGUAGAGCUCUUAAGUCAGUAGUAGUCGUGAUGCUAACGAUUGUCCCGUGCUGUUAAUGGACCGCUUCCUCUUUGUGAAUCCAGCGUCUUACUACUUUUUGGGAUUUUUAAAUGAUAAAUGGGCCACGGAUCACCCUACUGGUCCCUUUGUCUGCCCUUAUUGUUCUGCUUCCAGGAAGACAGCACAUGAGUCAGCCCCAGGGCUACUUUACCAGAUGCAGCCGUAUAUUGAAUCAGAUCUACGACUCUGCGUGUGUGCGUGCCUGUGUUUGUGAGAGAGAGAGAGAGAGAGAGAGAGAGAGAGAGAGAGAGAGAGCGGCGAGAUAGUCGGCUGCGUGGCUGCCACAUUUGUCUCUCCCCCCCCCCCCUCCCUCCCUUUUAUCUUUUAUGGAUUAAAGCAGAUUGUGCUCCGGUAAUAGACUACAGUAGGAGUCAGCGUGGAAGUGGGAGAGCAGAUAGUAGCUGUUUCAACUUAAAGAGUCUGCGUCGUGUUUGUCUUUGUCUUUACUUGUCUUUUUUUUUUUAUCCUUUUUACACGAGACGAGGGCAGCACGCAAAUGUUUGACAUCACCGGAGCCUCUCUUAAAGCAAAGCUCUUCAUUUAAUAUAGUCAUUCCUUUUUUCUUUCUUUUUUGUGGAUAACGUCAGCUUUCUUUCUUAAAUCUUCUCCUUCCCCCCCCCCUUAAAUCCGGAGAAACGUGCUAUUUUCUCCCUCUCUGUACCGCCGCUGUGCUACGCUGGACUGAGCACAGUGGGCGCUAGAGCAGGCGCAAGCAGGAGGGAGGGAGGGAGUGAGGGAGGGACUGAGAGAGAGAGAGAGAGAAAAAACCUCAAGCGCAGCACAGUGAAAAGCGUCUGUGCCGUUACCUCAGCUGAACCUUCGAAUGAACUCGUUGCACUGCCCCAGUCACGGAGCCAGGAGACGAAUCACUCGAGUAGAUUCAAAACAGAGGGGUACUGUUGAGCGGGCUGAACCCUGCGCUCUGCACCAGCGCUAGUCAGAACAUUUUACAUCUCCCUUUUUUCUCUCCUGUCAUGGUAAGUGGGAUUAGGAUUUUUUUUCCUUCUCUUUUCAUUGUUGUCUGUACAUGCGUCCGUCACUCUCUCGGCCUGUCAGAUAGCUUAUCAGACUGGUGUUGGCUGUUAAGAUUUCAAGGCGACAACAGUCUGUAGGCUGUCUGACAUUUCGGGCUCUCUCAUCUGACCAGCAUCCUGUUUUGUCCUCCUUUCUGUUACUGUCAUUGUUUCAGUUAGCAUCAGUUCCCAUUUUUAAAGGUGUGCGUGCGUGUGUGUGUGUGUGUAUGUGUGCUGCUGUUGCGAUGUCACUUCCCUUUAUCCCAACCGCUCCUGUAGCAUCAGAGACAUGGCUCUAUUGUUUAUUUCCUCCAUGCUGACGUCCGUGAGGGUUUUUGUGUGGUUUUAUGUGGGGGGAACUGUGUCUUCUCAUGUUUGCAAAUGCAGAUGUAGUGAUGCCAAUGGUGUACCUCUUGAUAUGUGUGUGCGUGUGUGUGUGUGUGUGUGUGUGUGUGUGUGUGUGUGUGCGUGUGUGUGUGUGUGUGUGAGUUGGCUCUGUCCUCUUGAAUUUCCAGAGAAUCCAGACAGUACACACCUUAUUGCAACACAUCACAUUGUGACACCCAGUCCUAGGUAUGGUACACACAGUGCUCGCUCGGCUCUCCCCUUCCCUUUUACACUUCCCUCUUCUCUAAUCCGAGUACUUUCUUUUGUUUCUCAAUAUCCACUUUUUUUUUUCGUCGAGGAAGCUGCUUUUUAUUGGGGAUUUUUUUUUUUUUUUUUACUAUGGGGCCACAAAUUGGUGAUUAUGCAAAGCUGGAAAUCGUUGCUUGACCAGUGGAUCUUUUUUCUCCACAAAGCCUCAGGUUUAUUUAGAGAUUUUUUUUUGAGAGAGCUUUUUUCUUCGUCAUUAAAGCAAAAAUCAUUGGCUAACACAGGAAUGGCUCGCUGGCUGACUGAGUGUUUUUCUUGGCAGUUUCAGGAUGUCCUGUUCCAUAAGGGAGCCCCCUUUUGGCAUGCCUGUCUGAAUGUGUGUGUGCAUGCUUGUCGAGAUACUCUGUUUAUAUUUUGACAUGUAAUUCUCUGUAUUUCUGGUGUUAUUUUAAAUAUGUAUGCACAGUUUUUCUUCACUCCUCUGCUUUAAAUAAAGUCUGUUCAAAAGAG